CUGAUCUGUAGAUAGUAAGCGACAAGCGUUCGUUUCAUUUUCUUAAUUAAAUAUGACUUAGAGAUCAAUUGCUCUGCCCUGAAAUGCAUAAAUUAUGCGUCACUCUAGCACAUAACCGAGGAAAGGAAGGGAAAGGAGAGGGGUCGGUCCACUGGAGUUUUUCAUCAGUGUAUUUUGAAGCAGAAAUAUUUAUUUGUCCAUGGCGUGUUGUCAAAUUAAAGAAGGGCACUCUGUGACUUCAUCGACUAUUACAGAAGAAAGCUGGAAAAGCAGAUUUAUACCGUCAGAUAAGAAACCGGCAUGUCAUGUCUUUAGUCACAGAUCAAGGUCUAAAGACGACUAGAUCCAAAUGUGACUUUGGUCAAAUUUGUGUCAUGACCUUCUAACCCACUCUAUUUUCAAACUAUUAAUUCUGCCUAUAGAUGACAAGAUUUAUUAGAUGUAGUGACGUAUUACUGGACAGCGUUUGAAGUGGUUUGCAUGAGUAAAGAGGGAAAGACCCCUUUGCCUGCAGUGGGGGGGUUGACGGGCAGACAGCGUGACAGUGAAGGAUUGCCCACUAUGGGUGCAGCAAUGGGGCCUUUGCUGCUUUGGCUCCAAGAUGUGGCGGCGGUGACCCUUCUAAGAGCUCGCAGGACUCUUCUAAGGGCUGCUAUCCUGUUCUGCGUCCUGGUGCUUCUUCUGUGGGUCUCCAUCUUCUUGUAUGGAAGCUUCUACUAUUCCUACAUGCCCAGUGUCAGCUUCUCCACACCAGUGCACUUCUACUACAGGACAGAUUGUGAUGCUUCAGAUUCAGUCCUCUGUUCUUUCCCCAUGGCUAACAUCUCACUUUUGAAGAAUGGAAAAGACCAGGUAAUGAUGUCUGGUCAGGCCUACAGGAUCUCUCUGGAGCUGGAAAUGCCAGAAUCUCCUGUUAAUGAACAGCUUGGCAUGUUCAUGGUCAAAAUGUCUUACUAUACCACUCAUGGGACAGUAGUUCAGUCUGUGGCCCGCUCAACGAUGCUGCACUACCGUUCUAAUCUGCUGCAGACCUUGAGCACGCUGCUGUUCUCACCCCUCCUGCUCACAGGUGUGUCUGAGCAGAAACAGCUCAUCGAGGUGGAGCUCUACCCAGAUUUCAAAUCAGACCUUUACCAGCCUGCUGUUGGUGCCGUGAUCGAGAUCCAGUCCCGCAGAGUCCAGAUUUAUUCUGCCCAGCUUAGGAUCCAUGCCUACUUCACUGGCAUUAGAUACCUCCUUUAUAAUUUCCCUGUGAUGUCUGCAAUUGUUGGGGUGGCGAGUAACUUCACCUUCCUCAGUGUCAUUUUGCUCUUCAGCUACCUGCAGUUCAUCUGGGGAGGGCUCUAUCCCCCCGAGCAGGUCAGAGUGAAGGUGAUGAUGGGAGACUCGACACGACUUCAGCAGAGGAGGGAAGAAGCACGUAAACGUAUGCACUCAUCCGCCAGCACUCCUACAAUGACUUAUGGAAGAGAUAGCAGUGAAGCGGCAGAUCCACCAAAACAAGCCGUUCGUAACAAAGGUGAACUGGACACUCCUAGUGUGCUUCGGACAGAAGGACUGAAUCACCUGCAAGAGGAUGAAGCUGCUCAGGACUCCUCGACAGAUGAAGCUCCCGUUUUCCUUGAGGCUCCUCAUAUCGCAGAGACUCAUUUGAGUGAGGAGGAUCCCGAUCUUGAGCAGAGGGCAGCAGGAAUGGGAAACGGGACUCAAGAUGAAGAAACUAACCAACCGCAGUCCUCAGACACCAGCCUUAGACAAAGGCAUGGACCCUGGAUGAGGCUCUGAGCUCCAAACUCUGUAGCCACCUCAAACGCACAUGCAUUCUGUUACAUUAAAGCGCAUUACAUGACUCAUAGCUAGCAUAUUUGAGACAUUCCUUUUGCAGUGCAUUUUUCGACAACAGCAACAAAAAAAUUCUGAUGCAUUUGAAAACCAGUUUACCUCGUGGAGCCGAUGUAAAGCUACAGACAAUUUCCUGCUCUGCUGCUAUUGUUCUCCUUUAGAUGAUUACCUACUAUAGGGCUUAAAGGUCACUUUUAGGGUCCUGUCGUGAUUUAACCUGUCUGCGGUUCUGUUACAUUGUCAGUUUUGCAUGCAAAGUGUAACUACUGUAAUUGUGUACAGUGUUUUAACACUUCCGUUUUAUCCAUUUUCCUUGCAUUCAUCUGUGUUGUGAUGUAUCUCGCAAAAAUCUUUACCACGGCUAAGCAGCUCCGCUCAACUUCUUGGAAUAUUGUAUAAUUUGUUUCAUCAGUUUCACUUAUUUUACUGCAGAAAAUGUAAAAACAUAUUUUGUUAAAGAGGAGCAUGUUUCUUAUAAAAAAAAUCUGAAGUGGCAUUUAUGUGGCAAACAAUAAAUAAUAAUUAGAUUAAUAAUAAUAAUACAAAUA